AUGGAGUUAGCUAUGAGGCUUGCUCUCAGUGUGUAUUUCUGGGAAUACUGGAAGCAGCUAAGCACAACCCCUCUUUCACUCGCGCUUUUAUCAAUCUCCUAA